CCCCACCCCCUCACCCCCUCCUGGGCGGACCCCCCACCCCUCACCCCCACCCCGGAUAAGGAUUGACACGCAGCCUACCGAAGCUGGAGAGCCAGAGACCCACGCCCGCCCUUCCUCCCACAGAAUCUAAGAUGUCCACUGAAGGACAAAGAGUUGACGAUAGUCCAAGCACUAGUGGAGGCAGCUCUGAUGGAGAUCAGCGAGAAGGUGUUCAACAAGAUCAAGAAAGAGAACAGGUUCAGCCCAAGAAAAAAGAGGGGAAAAUCUCUAGCAAAACAGCUGCUAAACUUUCAACUAGCGCUAAAAGAAUUCAGAAAGAACUUGCAGAAAUUACAUUAGACCCUCCUCCAAACUGUAGUGCAGGACCCAAGGGAGACAACAUUUAUGAAUGGAGAUCAACUAUACUUGGGCCUCCAGGUUCUGUGUAUGAGGGAGGAGUUUUUUUCCUUGAUAUUACCUUCUCGCCAGACUAUCCCUUUAAACCACCUAAGGUUACAUUUCGGACAAGAAUUUAUCACUGUAAUAUUAACAGCCAAGGAGUGAUUUGCUUGGAUAUUUUAAAAGACAACUGGAGUCCAGCAUUAACCAUAUCUAAAGUUCUACUUUCCAUCUGUUCACUUCUUACAGACUGCAACCCUGCUGACCCGCUGGUUGGAAGUAUUGCUACUCAGUACAUGACUAACAGAGCAGAGCAUGACAGAAUGGCCAGACAGUGGACCAAGAGAUAUGCUACAUAGGAAACUGCUGCAGAACAUGCUGGACCUGUGCAAGCACAUUCACUAAGUGCAUCAAUACCCCUCCCCCUUCUUAUUUUUAUUACGUUUCGAAGCAUUUUGUGACAACGUUGACUCCCUUUCUCCCCCCCCCUUUAUUUUUAUUCUUUUAUUUUAUUUUUCUGUUCAACUUGAAAAUUGUAUCUUUAAAAUAUGGAUUGGGGAUUUUGGGUUACAGUGCAAGGAAUGUUGGAUCUGUAAUAGUAUAGAGCUUUAUCACAAAGCUUUGUAUUAAUGUAUUUUUUUUCUUUUGUGUGUCUUUGGGAAGAACAAGCAAACAAACUCAGAACUAUAUCUUGUUUCUACUUAAAUGUAGUGUUUAGGGUUAUUUUUUUGUACGGAAGUCUCUAAUGGUGGGUGCAUGUUGCUGGGAACAAGUUUUGUAUAAAAAGCAUAAAAUCAAGAAUCACUGUGCAUUACUGAGACUGUGUUUUAACACUAGCCUUCUGUCUCCCAAACGCAAGGCUACUGGGUUGAACCAGAUGAUAUGUAUUUUGAUUUACUUAAAAGAAAAGUGCUUGUAAAUUUCUUAGGGACCUGCCACUUUUGACUGUGGAUCAGUUGAUGUACACUUGUAUUAUUAAAGCACUCAAUAAAAACACUGUGGCUGAUAA